ACAGAGUGAGUGUGUGAAUGUCUGUGGUGUAUUUUGGGAGAUGGUGACGGGAAGGGGGUUGAAUUUUUUGUCGCCAUGGGGACAGGAGGGGCUGACAUUUGAAGUUUAUCUCAUACACACGCAGUGCUGCCGUGGACUCGCUGGAAGCACCGUGGUACAAAGAUGAAGCCAACACUUAUAGCCAUCUUGUGUCUACCUCUUCUCGUCAUUCACAUUAAACCUUCACUGGCUUCCAAAAGUGGAAAGUUUCCUCAGAUAAUGAAUGCUUUUAAGAAGCCUUCAAAAACAAAACCUAAUCUGGACACUAAGUCUAAGACCCAACAGUCCACACAGUUCAACCAAGGAGGGUACCCCCAACAACCAAGUAGACCAGGAGGAUACCCCAACACAGGAGGCUACCCUCAACAACCAAGCAGACCAGGAGGAUACCCUUACCAAGGAGGUAACCCCAACCAAGGAGGUUACCCUCAACAACCAGGCAGACCAGGAGGAUACCCUUACCAAGGAGGUAACCCCAACCAAGGAGGUUACCCUCAACAACCAGGCAGACCAGGAGGAUACCCUUACCAAAGUGGGUACCCUAAUCAGGGAUUCUACCCAGGGUACCCAGGACAUCAAGCUGGUGCUUACCCAGCACCGGUCUACCCAUACAGGGGCAGUUAUGACAGUUACGGGGGUUAUCCAGGUGGGUACAUAAACCACAACCCAAACAACAAAAUCCUGAGUCCUCACUAUGCCAGCAGCUUUGGGUAUGGGGGUUAUGGUGCUGGUGGCGGCUCUCCCUUCUCAAACUAUGCAAAGACACAGGGCUUUGUUCCCUCUGAUAAAUCCAAAGGUUUUGGUCGCAGAGCAGCAUUGGCGGCAGCUGGAGGCGCUCUGACAGGAAUGGCCCUUGGCUACGGGUUAGGACGGUUCCCCCGUCCUCACUUUCACUUCCACAGCCCCCAGGAGGAGUAUUACUACAACUACUACAUGUACAGGAAGUAUGGUAUUAUAUCUACUGAUACAAAUGACUUCAGCAGAGAUUACGAAUACAUACAAGUUGACGUAACAUUUGAUAGUUUCAUAAAGUCCUGCAUGAAUAGAGCAGAUCUUCUCCCUGUAAAGAAUCAAAAACCAAACCUCAAACCAGCUGUGACUACAUCUAAACCCCCCACAGCUGCUACUGUGAACUCCACCAUUGCAUCAAUUACUGCUGCUCUUGGCACUGCCAGCAGCGCCACAAGUAACAGCACCGCAACGAAAAACUCCUCAACCGAUUCCCCUUCAGCUCCUCACCCUCCGAAUAAGUAUGUAGACAAUCCUGCACCUGCAGCUUCACAGCUUCUUCAAACUGAUGAUGACGACACAGUGAGUAUUGUGGAGAUUGGUUACCCAGCACUGAUCACACAGGUUAAGCUCAAGAGGUGCAUCGAACUUUACAUCGUCAAUGCUGAAAGAAACUUGAAGAAAAAGACCAAACUUGAAAGCAGCAGUGGGGCGCAAAGACUGCAGACAGACCUGCGAGGGCUUUUCUCUGUCAUCACCAGCAUCAUAGUGAUCCUGCAAACACAGCUGCACUAAAGCCUUCUUUACACAGAGAAACUUGUGUGACGUGUCGCUCAUUUGGUUUUUUUAUCUGACCAAAUGAGUGUGCGAUGAAACACUCACUACUCAUAUGCAACACUUUCACAGCCCACCAGGGGGCAACAUAGCAGACUUUUAUAAUCACUGGUUUUUGUAAAUAUUCGAAAACACCAGAAGAAUUGUAAUCAAACUCUAGAUGUUUGGUUUUGAGAAACAUCUCAGUGAGUUUGGAGUAAAUUAUAAUAAACAAAUGUAAAAGUUUUUAUCUUGUGAUUCAUUUUGGGUCAUAUGUUGUGCAUGAAUGACAUCAGCCUGAGCUGAACUAGCUGAGUAGAGUAUGCUUUAACUAAGAUUGUAAAUAAGUUAAAGUUUGUAAGCAUGUCAGCAUGAUAGAAGCAGGAUGAAUCUGAAAACACUAGUGUGAGCUGCAGAUGGACUGUCAUUGUAUUUGCUGAAGAAACCUGAUUGGUAUGAGCCCUAAAGAUGAUCCAUUCUGAUCUAUUACAUAUAUGAUGGAGUCAAAUAUGUUUAAAGUCAAAAAUUUUCCAAAACCAUGCAAUGGCCAGAUUGGAGUCUUUACUGGGCUAAUUCUGGCCUUAUGUUUGACACCCUUGCAAUAAAGAGUAACCUCAUGUGAUUGAA